AAAUCACAAAAAUUAUGAAAUCUGAAUCAUUAAACCCAGAUUAUCUUGAGUUAAAUCUCAAUCAUUCGAAAUAGCAUGAUCUAAGCAAUAGCACACAUAUCAAAUCAGGACAUUGGAGCGAAGAAGAGCAUCAAUAAUAUGUUUAAUUUUUACUUAGAGUCAAAGGCUCAGGAGAUUCUUAAAGAAAAGGAUAGCCCUUAUUUAAAAGGAUGAGUUAGAUUAUUGGUACAAGAUCUCCAAGUUAAUGCAGGUAUUUAUUUCCAUUAUGAAGAUCUCAUCAUUAAAAAUUUAACCCUUUUAAUCCACGCCUUAGAAAGAAUCAUAAAAAUAAAAAAAUGCCUAAAAUAGAAAAACCUAUAAUGAGAAGUAAAUAAAUUAUGAGAUAAUAUUUUUCAUAAAAUAAAAUACAUUCUGAGGAUGAAUUUCAGAGUGAAUGA